AUGCAGUCAAGCACAUUUUCUUCGCUUUUAAAAAUGUCAUCUAUAAGCCUGAAUGGUUUUAGCACAGAAGAUGACAGUCAUUCUAACCGUGACCAAGUGUGUUGUCUCAUAGACAGUAAUGGGAAAUGUCCAAGGCAAGCUGGCAAUGCCAGUUACAACAAGCGUAUUCAAAACCAAGCACGGAAGUUAAAGUUAACUAGAGAUGAGAAGAGCUCACACAUCUACAUCUGUGACUAUCACAAGACUCAGAUACAGAAUCUGAGGACAAAACGGAAGCGUAAAGACAGUGAAGAUGAUCAGAUGCAGUGUGGAGCUGAAGAAAUCAUGGAAAUUGAUUUCUACCAGAUGCCAGUUAACACACUGAGACGGUACAAGAGAUAUUACAAACUGCCCACUCGACCAGGACUGAGCAAGGCUCAGUUGGCUGAUGCAGUGGCUAGUCACUUCAAGACCAUCCCUGUGAUGGAGAAGGAGACAUUACAGUUGUUUUUCUACACCGCCAAAGCAAAGAAGUUCGACAAUAAGGACUCAUCUUAG